AUGACGGCUGACAAAGAGAAGGAACGAGAGAAAGAACGGGACCGGGACAGAGAUCGGGACAGGGACAAGAGGGAAUCCGGGAAGUCCCGCCGGCAAGACGGGGACCGGGGCGAGGGCGAGAGCUCCAGGCCCAGGCGCAGUUGUACGCUGGAGGGGGGCGCCAAGAACUAUGCGGAGAGUGAACACAGCGAGGAUGAGGACAAUGACAACGGCAGCACGGGCGGAGGCAGUGGCACGGCCGAGGAUGCCGGCAAGAAGGGCAAAAAGAAAAUGCCCAAGAAGAAGUCUCGCUACGAGCGCAUGGAGAACGGAGAAAUCACAUCCUUCAUCACAGAAGACGAUGUUGUUUACAGACCAGGAGAUUGUGUGUACAUUGAGAGUCGCAGGCCCAACACUCCCUACUUCAUUUGUAGCAUUCAAGAGUUCAAACUGAGUAAACGGGACCAUCUGCUGAUGAAUGUGAAAUGGUACUACCGCCAAUCAGAAGUGCCCGACUCUGUCUACCAGCACCUGGUGCAGGAUCGCAACAAUGAAAACGACUCCGGGCGCGAGCUAGUUAUCACAGAUCCAGUAGUCAGGAGUCGAGAGCUCUUCAUCUCCGACUAUGUGGACACUUACCAUGCUGCUGCUCUCAGGGGGAAAUGCAACAUUUCACAUUUCUCCGACAUUUUUGCUGCCAGGGAGUUCAAAGCCCGCAUUGACUCCUUUUUCUAUAUCCUGGGAUACAACCCAGAGACCAGGCGGCUAAACAGCACUCAGGGGGAAAUCCGGGUUGGCCCCAGUCACCAAGCCAAGCUUCCGGAGCUCCAGCCUUUCCCCUCCUCUGGUGGCCAGGCCGUCACGGAGAACGAGGAGCUGGUCUGGAUGCCGGGAGUCAACGACUGUGACCUUCUCAUGUACCUCAGAGCCGCAAGGAGCAUGGCCGCCUUUGCAGGGAUGUGUGAUGGAGGAUCGACAGAGGACGGAUGUCUGGCGGCCUCUCGAGACGACACUACAUUAAACGCACUCAACACACUUCACGAGAGCAGCUACGAUGCCGGCAAAGCUCUCCAACGGCUGGUGAAGAAGCCGGUACCAAAGUUGAUUGAGAAGUGCUGGUCUGAAGAUGAAGUGAAGCGCUUCAUUAAAGGCUUGAGACAGUUCGGCAAGAACUUCUUCAGGAUCCGGAAGGAGCUCCUGCCAAACAAAGAAACGGGUGAGCUGAUUACCUUCUACUACUAUUGGAAGAAAACCCCAGAAGCGGCCAGCUGUCGAGCCCAUCGCAGACAUCGCCGCCAACCCGUCUUCCGCCGCAUCAAGACCCGAACGGCUUCGACUCCCGUCAACACACCUUCCCGUCCGCCCUCAAGUGAAUUUUUGGACCUCAGCUCGGCCAGCGAAGAUGACUUUGACAGCGAAGACAGCGAACAAGAGCUAAAGGGCUACGCCUGCCGCCACUGCUUCACUACCACCUCCAAGGACUGGCACCACGGGGGCAGAGAGAACAUCUUGCUGUGCACAGACUGCCGCAUCCACUUUAAGAAGUACGGCGAGCUGCCUCCCAUCGAGAAACCGGUAGACCCUCCGCCAUUUAUGUUCAAACCCGUCAAAGAGGAAGAGGAUGGACUUAGCGGGAAGCAUAGCAUGAGGACCAGACGGAACCGAGGCUCGAUGUCAACGCUACGUAGCGGUCGUAAGAAGCAAACAGCCAGUCCCGAUGGCCGAGCCUCGCCUAUCAACGAGGAUCUUCGCUCCAGCGGGCGUACUUCGCCCAGUGCCGCUAGUACCGACAGCACCGACAGCAAGACGGACACCAUGAAGAAGCCGAGCAAAAAGAUAAAAGAGGAGGCUCCUUCACCCAUGAAGAGUGUCAAACGGCAGCGAGAGAAAGGAGCUUCAGACACGGAGGAACCAGACAGGGCCAGCGCCAAAAAGACCAAAACACAAGAGUUGAAUCGACCAGACUCGCCGUCCGAGUGCGAGGGUGAAGGGGAGGGCGAGAGCUCUGAUGGACGAAGUAUCAACGAGGAGCUCAGCAGCGAUCCUAAGGACAUCGACCAGGACAACCGCAGCUCUUCCCCGAGCAUCCCCAGCCCCCGUGACAACGAGAGCGACUCCGACUCUUCUGCUCAGCAGCAGCUGCUCCUGCAGAGCCAGCACCCUCCGGUCAUCCAGUGUCAGCCGAGCACCUCGUCAGCCGCGCCGCUGCCACCGCCUCCCCCCGCGGCUUCGAUCCCUUCGGUUUCCCCCGCGGCAGCCUCUGCAUCCCUGCCGCCCCAGCCUCUCGCUCAAGCCGGCCCUGUUGCUCUUAUCCCAUCGGGUGCCUCCCUCCAUCCUCAACGGCUUCCCUCUCCACAUUCGCCCCUGACUCAAGCUCCACCCACCGGUCCUCCUGCGCCACCUCCGUCAUUACCUGGGUCGCAUCACGGCCCCGUACCGCACCCGCACAUGCCUCACCCUCUCUCCAUGCCAGCCCAGGGCUUCCCUGUCCAGUCUCAGGUCCCGCCUUUACCAAUAUCUGGCCAGUCACAACCAAGACCGCACAGCCCGCCCUCGCAGUCUUCUCCUCACAGCGGAGGACCGCCUCCCCGGGAGCAGCCGCUCCCACCUGCGCCCAUGUCGAUGCCUCACAUCAAGCCUCCCCCGACCACGCCAAUCUCUCAGAUAGCCACUCCGCAAUCCCACAAACACCAACCGCACGUGUCGGCGCCUCCGUUCCCGCAGAUGCCUUCCAACUUGCCGCCUCCUCCCGCCCUCAAGCCCCUCAGCUCUCUGUCCACACACCAUCCUCCGUCGGCGCACCCGCCUCCCCUUCAACUCAUGCCUCAGGGGCAACAGCUUCAGCCUCCCCCGGCGCAGCCUCCGGUUCUCACCCAGUCCCAAAGCCUCCCUCCAUCUUCCGGCCACCAGCCUCCUGCGGCUCCUCCACCCUCCGUAGGGGCGUCGCACCCCGCCGGCCCGCCUCAGCUACCCUUCCCCUCUCACCCUUUCAGUACCGUUCUACCUCCGACCGGACCUUCCGCGUCCUCGUCAAACUCUAUGCCGGGGUUGCAACCUGCGUCUUCUUCCGUCCCGCCCUCCUCUAUCUCCAUGCCGCUCCCCGCCUCAGUCACUUGCGGCCUGGGCCCGGCGUUACCGCCCGUGCACAUCAAGGAGGAGCCGCCGGACGAGACCGAGGAGCCGGAGAGCCCGCCUCCCCCGCCGAGGAGUCCCUCUCCCGAACCCACUGUCGUCAACACGCCGAGCCACGCCAGCCAGUCUGCGAGAUUCUACAAGCAUCUGGAUCGUGGUUACAACUCGUGCGCAAGGACCGAUUUUUACUUCACACCUUUGGCCUCGUCCAAACUGGCCAAGAAACGAGAGGAAGCUGUGGAGAAAGCCAAGCGGGAAGCGGAGCAAAAAGUGCGAGAAGAGAAGGAAAGAGAAAGGGAGAGGGAAAAGGAACGAGAAAGAGAGCGGGAACGAGAAAAGGAGGCUGAGCGAGCGGCGAAAGCCUCAGCUUCAGCCCACGAGAGCAGAAUGGGUGAACCUCAGAUGGCUGGUCCCGCCCACAUGCGUCCCCCCUUCGACGGACCCCCCACCACCAUUGCGGCCGUGCCUCCAUACAUCGGGCCCGACACUCCUGCCCUGCGCACCCUCAGCGAAUACGCCCGACCCCACGUCAUGUCCCCCACCAAUCGAAACCACCCCUUCUUCGUGUCCCUCAACCCUGCCGACCCGCUGCUGGCCUACCACAUGCCGGGCCUGUACAACGCCGACCCGGCCAUGCGGGAGCGAGAGCUACGGGAGCGGGAGAUGCGCGAGAGGGAAAUUCGCGAGAGGGAGCUUCGGGAAAGGAUGAAACCCGGUUUUGAGGUCAAACCCCCUGAAAUGGACGCCCUCCACCCUUCGGCGAACCCCAUGGAGCACUUUGCCCGGCACGGGGCCAUCACGUUGCCCCCCAUGGCCGGCCCUCACCCCUUCGCCUCCUUCCACCCGGGCUUGAACCCGUUAGAGCGCGAGCGGCUGGCCCUCGCCGGGCCCCAGCUGCGACCGGACAUGAGCUACCCGGAGAGGCUGGCGGCGGAAAGACUCCACGCCGAGAGGAUGGCCACGGUGGCCAACGACCCCAUCGCCAGGCUCCAGAUGUUCAACGUCACGCCUCACCACCACCAGCACUCGCACAUCCACUCCCAUCUGCACCUGCACCAGCAAGACCCCCUUCACCAAGGCGGUGGUGAAUGUCUUGUGUGUCCUCCAGGUUCCGGGGCCCACCCCCUGGCCGUAGACCCCCUGGCGGCCGGACCGCACCUGGCCCGCUUCCCUUACCCGCCCGGCGCCAUCCCCAACCCGCUCCUCGGCCAGCCGCCGCACGAACACGAGAUGCUGCGCCACCCGGUAUUCGGAGCCCCUUACCCACGGGAGCUGCCCGGAGGUCUGCCGCCGCCCAUGUCGGCGGCCCACCAGCUGCAGGCCAUGCACGCCCAGUCGGCCGAACUCCAGAGGCUGGCCAUGGAGCAGCAGUGGCUGCACGGGCACCAUCACAUGCACGGAGGCCCGCUUCCUGGUCAGGAGGACUACUACAGCCGACUGAAGAAAGAAAGCGACAAGCAGCUGUAA